AUGUGCCGUUACGGCCCCUCGCUGUGCUUUAAAGACGGCUUCAAACAAUUUACUUUGUCAAAGGGGGACUCCUGUCCUACUUUCCCCGACUGCUCGGAGAAAAAUCUGCUAUUUUCGCUGCCUCCAGACCUCUGCUCGGGUAUGAACAUCUCCAAAGACGGAGAUUUGUCUGUAUAAAUAAACACCUCUGCGCUUAAAUCCCCCGCUGCUCGGCUGAUGAGGUUAGAAAACACGGAAUAAAGUCUCAGAAGUACACUCGUGGUGCAGCGGAGGAAACGUGCCAAACUCGGGCAGAGGGCGAGAAAGAGGAGUAGAGGAUGUGGUUUCCAGAGGGCAGACGUUGUGGGGAAAAGGUCAGGAGAAGUAAGAAAGACAUGAACACAAACAUCCACACGCAGAAACUCGACGAGAUCGGGAGAGGAGGGAGAGAACGCUGAUCCAUGGGGCCCGUCUGGGGAGGCAAAAACACGACAUCGAUUCUGCAAAGUCCACAAAUGGAAAAUCCAUGAGGGUGAGGAGCGGCUCGGCCCUGCGGCAGAGACGGGGCACCGCGGUCAGCUGCUCGGACGGCGACCGACACGGCGCCCGGCCUUACGCUGGGUGGGCCGAGCUGGAUCAGAGACCAUGAAGACGAGAACGUUCAGGAAAAGUGAAUCUCGUCUUUUUUUGGAGGGAAACACGAACGUUAAAGCCUCUUAUUGACUCUUUAAUCGCAUUAAUCCCUCGCCGUGCGUCUGACCAUUGUGCCCAGAAACGAAGGCGGCGUGGUCACUGUGUGUACCUGUAAGACGCAGAUAAAGAGCCCCCGCCCGCCUCUCUAUCUGUGCCUCCGUUUGAACUCCGCCUGUCAAACCCCCGGGACCGGAUCCUCGCUGGGGGAGGGAGGUCCUUUUUUCUCAUUACCACCCUCCGUCGGCGCGUGUACACGCCGCAGACGCGCUAAUCUGAACCCCUGAUAUGCUAAUCUCCCCUCACUCCCUUUUAGAUGCCAGCCACACCUCGGUGCAGGGAGGGGGGGGCGAGAGGAAGUCAUUAAAGCGUGCCCCGCAGGAGCCCGCCUGGGCCUUGGCGGGAUGAGAUGGGCCGACAGCAGAACGCACGGGGGGGACCAGAGAAAGGGUCUCCGGGGAGAUGUAGAUCGGUUUAGUCCCCGGUCUACUCCGGUUCCCUCUGGGGUCGCCCCGGUCCCCCGCAGACAGGAUAGUAAUCAGACGAGCCGGGUGUGUGUGUGUGUGUGUGUGUGUGUGUGUGUGUGUGUGUGUGUGUGUGUGUGUGUGAGUGUGUGUGUGUGUGUGUGUGUGUGUGUGUGUGUGUGUGUGUGUGUGUGUGAGUGUGUGUGUGUGUGGGGAUUAAAGGUGACAGUCGUCACUUUGCUCAGACCGGCUCACCUGCCACAAAUCUGUCAGGAACCAAAGCUGCUCAGCGAGGCGUCCUGCACCUGUCAGCAGUCAGGGAGCGCCACAUCUCCACGUGCACGUCUCUCUCUCUCUCUCUCUCUCUCUUUCCUGUCGUUUCACCUGAAUUCAGGAGGAAACUCUCUUCAGACGAGGUUUCCUGGAAAACACGCCGGCGUUCUCGGUCAUUCGGUUCAGAGCGUGAAUCCGGGUCAGUCUGAUGGCGCUCCGUCUGAGGUGCAGGACUCAGAGGUCAGAAUGAAUCCUUUCAAGUGUUUUUAGGGGGUAACAUGAAUUAAAGUCAUUACUCUGAGUGCUCUCGUACCUGCAGGUGAGCGUGUCCACGCCUGAGACUCCGUAUUUAACUUCUUACUCCUAAAACUCACGUGAAACCAAGAGCUGGGCCGAAUCACCGAACAAAUAAUUGAAGACAGGAAGAGAUGAAACCUGCAGGACUUCCUGUCGUGUCUGUCGUUAACUUCGAUUCACCACAUGAGCCGAAAAGUUAAACUUUCAGUAAAAUUGAUCUUCAUGAUGAAAUCUGACCUGAUCAUCAGAUUAUUAAAGUAAAAUAUUCACAGAGAUCAUCAAAAACAAAACUCACCUGCUGCUGCUGCAGGUUAACACGUCCAAAGGUUUGUUUGGCCGCCAGUUAAGCCCCGCCCACAAAAACUCUGUUUACCAACAGCAAAAAAAAGGAGUCGAGGUCUUUAAUGUUUGACAUUUGUAUUCAGAGAACAACAGACGAUGUUGUUUGAAGAUUUCUUCAAAAACCUGCAGAUGAACAAAAACAUGAAAACGUCAAAAUAAAUUCAUGAUCAGAGGAGGAGGAAAAAACGGGCGGCGGUUUACGGUUUACGCCUCGAGCACCUUAACUGGUCAUAUAUGUCUGCCAUGAAAAUCUAUGAGCUGUUUAAUAGUUGGAAUAUAACCUCUUCAUUUGUCACAGACAAUAAUCACACUGUAACUCAGCGUUAACGGCCGUGUGCAAAACCAUAAUGUGAAAUCACACUGAUUACCGGCUGUGUGUGUGUGUGUGCGUGCAUGAGUGCGUGCAUGUGUGGGUGUGUUUCAGACAGACCAGGAUCUGUGCACUCCUCCCCUCAUUAAAACUGCAGCAGCUCUCUGACACUCGUAUUAAAGACGCUCAUGUUUGGGUCUGUUCUGCCGGUUCUGACGGUCCUCGAUCCUCAGAACCGCCGUCAUGGAGACAAAAGUGAUGAGAUGAAAGCUUCGGCGGUCCAUCCUAAUGAGCUAAGAGGAGAUGAGCGCUGCAUUUAUAUGCCCUCUGCAUUCGCAUCCCGACCUCAUAACCGCACGCCUUGUAAAUAAAUAUGAGCAAUCAGCGAAGAACGGCAAUAAAGGCCCGUAAAGAGCGGCGAACACGGAGGAGGGAGGAAAUUGUGUUUCUGCAGACGGAGAAGAAAGGAGAUAAAGAUACAAAAGAGGAGCGCCGCUCUCUUCUCUCUGACCUCCAUCUCUGAAGAAUGGGCAGAAGGACCAACAAAGAGAGAAAGAGAGUCAGGGAGAGGUUAAAAAGGAGCGCUGCAUCCUGGGCGCCCGCAGCCCUGCGGCGUGGGGUCACCUCAGAGACUGGAGACUGAAUUACCCAGCAGCCCCGGCCGCUCGCUGGAUCAGGCGGACAAGGGGAGAGGACGAGAGGAGUUAA